CUCUCUCUCUCUCUCUCUCACACACACACACACACACACACACACACACACACACACACACACACACACACACACACACACACACACACACACACACACACACACACACACACGCACGCACACGCACGCACACACACACACACACACACACACACACACACACACACACUGAGAGAAGCUGCAGUGCUCUUUAAACAUCGUACUUGCAAAUUUCUUUGAUAAAGAGCGCGCGAGGUGUAGGGCAGCUGCUCGUGCGUGUUGAGCCUACUACUGAUGAAAAUGAAAGCUCGUCAACAAGUGAAGCUCGUACUUCUGUCGCUUCAAUAAUCACGACAUGGAGCCGGUGAACGCGGAGAGCCUCGUGAAUCGCUUUAACGGCAGCGUGGAGGAGCAGUACGGGACUCUGGCGUACGACACCGCGCUCAGUACUUUACUCGCAGUGCUGCUCUACGUGCUCUUGAAGGUGAGCCUGGACGGCAUCCGCCAGUGGCGGGCUCGGAUCUCGGUUCUGGUGGUGGGCUCGGGUCCGAUCGGACUCACCGCGGCGCUGGUCGCUGUUCGCACGGGGAAGGUGCUGAAACUGACGGUGUUGGAUGAGCGCUACAGGAGCGCGCUGCUCUGCAGACCCCAGCAGAUCGCGCUCGAUCCCCGCAGCGUCCGCUUCCUCCUGAACCUGGGGGUGGAUUUUGACAACAUGGAGGGCUGUUGGCACAACGAGCACUUCUUUACCAAAAUCGGAGUGUUUCAGGAGUAUUUGCUGAGCAUCCUGGAACGAAAGAAGCAAAAGGUUGAUGUGAAAGUCCGUUUGGGUACAAAGUUUAGUGAAGAAUAUCUGAGGAAGAUGUUCAGAGAAGAACGGCCGCGGGUCAUCAUAGUCGCUGAUGGAUCGUGUGGAGACUCUUGUUCUGUCUUGGGCAUCAGUGCAGAUUAUAUUGUAGAGUCGUGUCGUGCUUAUGGAGCCAAUGCUACUAUAGAAAGACUGGACCAGAGACAGGUUCCAACUCCAGAGAUCCGUGCACACAGUUUAUACUUUGAUCUAUCCGCGUACGGUAUCAACACUGUGAAAGAACCACGCAACUCCUCACAGCCUGCGGUGAAACCCGGGUUCCACCUGAAAAUAUACGGAACAUUCAGGAACCGUUAUAUGGCUCUGGCCUGCACAUCCGACGCAGACUCCAAAAUGAUGCAUUUCCUACGUCACACGGCCAAUCCAUCUGUGAUGAAGAACAUCUUCCAUCAGUCCUUCAAUGCAUAUAAGACAGACAUUGAGCCGCGUCUCAGUGAUGUCACGCUGCAUCACAUGCAGUGCAGUCGCAUGUUGUUUGAGAUCAUGUUAUCACACAGACGUGUUAGUGCUGCUUACAUCGAAGGAGAUCAUGUUGCCGUCACCGUGGAAGGAGAAGCUGCGAGAGUGCUCAACUUUGACACCGGUUGUGGUGUGAAUCUGGGCAUGAGAGGACUGGAGUCACUGGGAAUGUUAAUCUACAGAACGGCCACAGCACUGGAUCAGAAUGAUGUGUUUGAGGCACUUUUGGCCAAAAUACAACACUCCAAACAUGUGGCCGAAACCUUCAGACAAACUGGACUGUCCUCAGAAAUGUUUGAAUGACAGUGUGUUCGAC